CACCAGCUGGUGUUUACAAAUCAAAUCAAACUUCCAUUUCAUUUUCCCUCCAAUUCAAGCUAAGCUCUGUCUCUUAGAAAAAACCUCAGAUCGAUCUUAAAUCCUAACUUCCGGCAAAUCAAGACAGAAGUACUCAUAUCAUCGAGAAAUGUACUGAUCACUCUGGCGACCGAGGCAAGGACAAGAAACAAACAUACCCGUCUGAAAAGUUACAUACCACAUUCCGUACAUCUUAUCAAUCAUCAGAUGAUCGAUCGAAUGGCUGCAGAUUCUGGCCGUCGCAAAUACCUCGUGCAUUAUCUUUCAGGAAUCGUCUUCAAGAUCUUAGACCCAAUCGGCAGAGACCAUGACAACAUCCCCGUCUACAAAGUGGCCUGGUCAGCUGGUGAGCACAACUCCGGCGGCGGCGAUGGAAGGAAGCUCAUUGAGGACGAAUUCCUCUCCGUGAAGAGGGUGAACUAUAGCGACAGCGAAUCCGUAUUCCCCUUCGCGAAGCUGUAUGGGGAAAUCAUCAGAAAAAACAUGGCGGGAAUAGUAUUGCCUUGCCACCAUAAGUACUUGAUGCCGGUGAACAGCUAUUUCAUCGAGCAGGAGACGGAAGAUCUGUGCUUGGUGAUGCCCUUCUGCGAACUCGGGUCCCUGAGGUCGGCGAUGUCCGGCAGCAAGUUCCGCCACGGGUUGCCGGAAACCUGCAUCUCCGUCGCCCUGCGGUGCGUCUUGAAGGCCCUCAAAUUUCUCAACCGCUUCAGGCAUUUCCACAUGAAUGUCAACGCCGGCCACAUUUACCUGAAGAGCGGGCCGCGAAUCUUUCUGGGGUUUGCCGCCACGCUGUACGAGCAUGGGGUUUGCAACGCCGAGAGUUCAUCUCAUUCUUCCCUGCCGGUGACCCAGAUUUGUGAUUGGGCCGCCGCACCAGAGGUCUACAGCGUCCGCAACGAUGACGCGAGGUACCGCCACCGCUACACUGACAAGUCCGACGUUUGGCUGGUGGGAAUCACAGCCCUUGAAUUGGCUUACGGAUCGAUCAGAGUCCCCAAUCGGGAAGCGCUGGAGAAGAUGAUCAAGGAAAUCAUCCGGACCAAAACGCUUCCGAAGAAGCUCUUCUGCGGAGGAAUUGACGAUGACAGAGAAGAAGCCCAUGAGGAUAAGAGUGACAAGGGAAAGAGGAAGGUAGAGGAAGAAGGUAGAGGAAUGAGAAAUAAUCCUCAUCAGCAGGUUGAUUCGGAGGAAAUUAGGGCAUCGUUUUCAAGGGAGUUUGGGGCGAUGGUGGCAGAUUGCUUCACGUGGGACCCUUGGGAUAGGCCCACUGCGAAUUCCCUUCUGAAUCAUGACUUCUUCGACAAGAACGGGCUUACGAGGUCGGCCUUGAAGUCGCACUUUCAAGACGUUUUGAUUCAAAUGGAGGAGGAUAUACUGAAGAAGAUGAAGAACCCAUCCCCCAGCCCUCUCCGUGUUGCUGCACCAGAUUUUAGUCAUAAUAAUAAUAAUAAUGAAGAUGAUGAGAAUGAUAAUAAUAAUAAGAGGUAUACUUACUACUCGUUAAUUAAGUACUUCACUCAUUAAUUCCAUACAUACAUGUAAUACUACUACAUUAUGAGGCACAAUCAUCUGUCAGUUAUAGUUUUAUUAACGUUACUAACUAAAAUUUCAAUCCCUGGCAUUACUGAAAGUUCUGAUAUCAAUAUGGGCUUCUCCAAUCUGGAUCCCCAGUCAACCCCUAGGUACGUAUGUGAACUGAUCUCUAACUGUACUAGUGUACUGUAAUGCAUUUUUGUCCACUGAUCUCUCUUCUUUUCCUGCUGAUAAUAGGAGUAUGCCUGAGUCUCAUAUCACAACCCCUCGCAAUCCGGACGGCCGCAGCUCCCCUGCACUGACUGAUGUCCCGUUGAAGCUGCGUUUCAAGAGGUACGUACGUACUUAUGAAGAAUCAAUUGAUCCAGCCAAUUGCUUCGCGAUCCCUGUUUAUCACUUAGUAUUGAUACUGUGGCAUUGUCUCGCGCGAAUUGGAACUCAUUAAUUUUACUUUUUCUGAAAGGAAAUUAACAUAUGAGGAUGUUGAUCAAGAAACAAAAAAGGCAAAAAUCCAAGAGAAAGAUUCUGAAGAAACAAGCAGUGCCUCCCCCAUCAACCCCUGGAUGGAUAUAGAAGAUUAUUUCAAUGAUACUUAUGCUUCUUCAUCACCAGUUCCUCCUCCGGAGUACCUGGUGCAUAAUAGUUCCAAGAUGGUGUUCCGGAUCAUGUCCAUGGAUCCAAUUGGAAUAUCUCCCCUCGGCAAACUUCCUGUGUACAGGGUAGCCUAUUCGGAAUGUGAUCUCAGCAGCUUCUACCACAGAAAGUUUCUCUACGACAAAUUCGCUUUAGCCAUAAUAGUGAACUCCCGUCGGAACCCGAUUGGUUACAAGCUGUUGGAGUACGAGUUGCAAACAAAAAACGAGGAGCUUCUGUAUCUAAAUGCGAACGUGAUGCAUGUGGAAGACUCUUUCGUGGACCGGGAAUCGCGGGAUUAUUGCAUCGUGAUGGGGCAUGGUGGCUCGGGCUCCCUCCGAUCAAUCAUGGCCAAACACUUCCCGAACGGCCUUCCAGAGUCAUUCAUUUCCCUGAUCCUGAGAUCAGUUCUUGGGGCGGUUUGUUUUCUACAUGAGGACAGCGCCAUCCACGGGGAUAUCAGUGCGGGCCAUGUUUAUGUGCAGAGCGGCCCCAAUAUCAAAAUGGGCUUUGGAGCCACUGUUUAUGAACAUGGGGUCUUUAAUUUGGAGUGCUCGUCAUCCUCGGCGUUGCCAGAGACCUACAUCUCUCGUUGGGCAGCUGCACCAGAGGUGUACAAUCAUGAGGGGAAGAACCACGGCAGCACUGAGGAGAGCGACGUUUGGCUGGUAGGAAUAACUGCGCUGGAAUUGGCUUAUGGAGGACUUAGAGUGCCCAACCGUGAAGCCCUUGAGGUGAUGGUCAGGGAGAUUCACGAGAAGAAAAGACUUCCCAAGAGGUAUCCCCCCAGCGGCCAAAGUUUGGAUCAGCAGCAGCAGCAGCUCACUCGUGAAGUGGAAGGCAAAGGAAAACAUAUAAUGAUAGAGGAAGAAGAUUAUGGUGAUGGCUCAUCAGAGGAAAGAUCAUUUUCCAGGGAAUUUGAGAAGAUAGUGGCAGAAUGUCUGGCUUGGAAGCCUUGGGAAAGGCCAACUGCUAGUACCCUUUUGAAUCAUGAAUUCUUUGUAGUGAAAGGGAUGGAUGCGCUUGAGCUGGAGUCACACUUUGAGGAUGUUUUGAUGGACAGACUCCGCAAGUGACUGAUAUGUAUGUAUAUAUGGAGUAUAUAAUAAACUCGUCCAAGCUAAUAGUAUGGUCGGCAGUACAUAAUACUUGCUAUACAUACCCAGAAUCUCAGUUGUCUUCUCCCUACACAAUUCAUUAGUGUUUGUGCAGCCAUCCUGUAAAGUAGUUUCUGUUCUUACUUUCUUCAAUACAUAGAAUGCAUAGUACUCUUAAUUGUAGCCUUAUAGUAGUGUGCCACUAGAACCCCUACAAGGCUACAAAUAGAGUCAGGCAGUGAGACAGUGGCCAUUGUUCUGUACACCGCCCUCAAUUCUUGCUCCAUAUAAAAUUCACUUCCUCCCUCAUCUAAUAAAAUUCAAUUCUUCGAGUUGCAUACAUCAAAGUUUUAUUGGCCUGCCUUAGCUUGGGUCAUGAGAAUUUGCAUGCAUAGCACGGCGACAAACAUUAAACACUCUACACGAUGUUGGAGAAUUAAUUAAUCGUUUACGAGAUGAUAUGAGAGGAUACUUUUAUAACUUUGAAGAAUAGAAAAAAAAAUUAUGAAGCUCUGACUAAGAAUUCUAAAAACAACAAUUUACAAUUUACAACUCUCUCUAAGAUAUAUACAACAGUUCUUGGUUAUCCUUGUGAUUGAUUAUUGUUGAUAGAAAAUAUGAGGAAG